AUGGGCCUGCUCUUCGCCAGGACGAUGGCCUGGACCUCCAGCGGGAAGACGCACCCGGAGCUGGUCAACAACCUCUACAAAAAAGGGAUAAUUAAAUCCCAGCGAGUCUUCGACGUGCUGCUGGCUACUGACAGGGGCCAUUACAUCAAAUACUUCCCCUACAUGGACUCCCCUCAGUCCAUCGGGUACAAGGCUACAAUCAGUGCCCCACAUAUGCAUGCCCACGCGCUGGAACUGCUCAAGGACCAGCUUGUGGAAGGUGGGAAAGCUCUGGAUGUGGGGUCUGGCAGCGGAUAUCUUACGGCUUGCUUCGCCAGGAUGAUGGGCCCCACGGGGAAGGCCGUGGGUGUCGAGCACAUCAAGGAGCUGGUCCAUGAGUCCAUCAGGAACGUCCAAGAGGAUGACCCAAGUCUGCUCAGCUCUGGGCGUGUGAAGCUUGUGGUUGGAGAUGGCAGGCAGGGGUACCCCGAAGAGGCUCCUUACGAUGCCAUUCACGUGGGAGCAGCAGCAGCCACCGUGCCAAAGGAGCUGCUGGAGGAGCUGAAGCCGGGGGGGAGGCUGAUCCUGCCCGUGGGGCCCGAAGGUGCCAACCAGGUGCUGAUGCAGUACGACAAGACCAGCGACGGGCAGAUCGUGGAGACGCAGCUGAUGGGCGUGAUCUACGUGCCCCUGACAGACAGGGAGAAGCAGUGGCCUCGGUAA